UCUGCAGAAACAGUCUUAGCAAAGAAACGCUCUGCACUUCCAGAGUCCCCCGGUCGGACGAGGAGCCCCCUUAUCGUUUUCAUAUCCUCCAGCUUGUGUGUGUGUUUGUGCUGCUCACACAGCCUUCUUGAGACAACAGCAGCAGGUUGAUCCACGCAGAGACUGUGAACGGAUUCCUGGCGCGGAGACCUUACAGAGAACUUUGAGCCUUUCUCUCCAACAGCAGUCUCCUCCUACGCAAAGGAAAGAUGAUGAGACCGGCUAUCAGUGUCUUGAUUGGCCUGAUGUGUCAGGUAACCUGCGUGUGGGCCUUCGCUCACCUGUCAGGUGAUGAAGAACAGCGGUCUGCCUUCUCUGUGGCACGCACCAGUAGCAUGGAGGGGGGUCCAAAGAUGGUGGUGACCUUUGACAAGGAGUAUGUUAACAUCGGUGGGGACUUUGAUCCAAAGGCGGGCAUAUUCCGCUGCCGCAUCCCCGGGGCAUACUACUUCUCUUUCACAGUGGGGAAGUUCCCCCGGCGGGACCUGUCAGUCAUGUUAAUGAAGAACAGGAACGAGGUGCAGGCCAUUGUGUAUGAUGAGAAUGCAGGCGAGGAGCGCAAAGUGCAGAGCCAAAGCGCCAUGCUGCAGCUGGAAUUUGGAGACACGGUCUGGCUCCGCCUUCAUGGCGACCCCCGCUAUGCCAUCUACAGCAACACGGGCCACUACACUACCUUUAAUGGCUACCUCAUCUACCCUGACACCUACACCUUCCAAGACCCCAAGCAUGAGGACCCGACUCCCCUGUAUGGAUACGAGGGGAAUGCCAAGGACCACACUCUAGCAGACCAGGAAGUCAAAGGAGACAACGUAGAAAAGAGAGAGGAGGACCAGGAGGAGGACCCAAGAUCAGCCUUUUCGGCUGGUCGCACGCAGAGCAUCAUUGGGGUAGACCAGGGCUUCCCAGAGCACCGCCCCAUCACCUUUGACACUGAUUUUGUUAACAUUGGUGGUGACUUUAACGUUACAGAAGGUGUAUUCACCUGCCGUAUUCCGGGUGCUUACUUCUUCUCCUUCAACGCUGGCAAGCUUCCCCACAAAACACUGUCAGUCAAGCUGAUGAAGAACCACCUGGAGGUACAGGCCAUGAUCUACGAUGACAGCGACACUGAGAAGGCGCUGCAGAGCCAGAGUCUGAUGUUGUCUCUGCGCCGUGGUGAUAUCGUCUGGCUUUAUAGCCACCAGCGUGAUGGUUUUGGCGCAUACAGCAACCAUGCCAAGUAUAUUACCUUCACUGGCUUCUUAGUCUAUCCAGAACUACAAAAACCAUUGACCAAAAGUCUGCAGCAAAAGCAGAGCCAGAAACCGUGACUGCAAUAAGGGACAGUGUCAAGAAAGCAGCAAAGGUAUUCAGUUGGCUGUGGACCUACUAAAAUAAAUGAAUCAAUGUCCAACGAAAUUCUUUAAUUGGGGUUACUUUGUCAAACUCAAACUUGAGUGAAGAUGUGACUAAAUGCUAGCAUUUAUGAUAUUUUCAGGAUAUCUCUGAUUUCAGCAUCUUUAUUAAUGUAUUGAAAGAUGUAGGAAAAUAAUAGGGACAUUUGUUUUGUGUCUAAAUUCCAUGUUUUCAUUUCAUUUUGGAGUGAGUUCCUGUGUGUGGCCAGUGUCUAAUCACAAUGAAAUUAAAAUACACUUUGGACCAAAAAGCAUAAUCAACAUUCAGAAUGUAAUUUUUCCUCACCCUGGAUGGCAAUAAAUUAGAUCACUACAGAGACCAUACUGAACCUGGUUCUGCGAUGAGGUCUGAGCACCUCAUUACAGAGCAAAUGCUAGUUUUGGACCGCAGGACACCAGGGUCAUAAUUUAAUUUCUAAUUUAGCAGAAUUUAAUUAAUUGACUCAGAUGGUGACUGCUGUGGGGAAAAUGUAUUUGCCUCUAUCUUCCAGUCUGAUAAUCAUGUCAGUUAAAUUCACACUGGCCGUGAAAAGAAUGCUGUUAAAAUUGUGGCAUGAGCCAGACUUUGGUUAAUGAGUCUCAGCUUGAGACAGGGCACUGAAACAACAUGGAAAAACAGCAUUUUCCAACUCUACUGGAUUCUGCACAUCAGUAUGUCAUAUUUGGGUAGGGCUGUUAUUUUGUUUUAUUUUGGGUCCAAAAGGCAUCAUACACAAUAAAUACAGUCAUGUGAAAGUGCACCCCCUUCAAAGUUACCUUUUCUUUUACACACUUGGGCAUAUGGAUAUGUACUCUGCACUUCAACACUAUUGACUGAUAAAAAUAACCUGAUUUAACAAUUAUAACAAUAGCUUCAAAUGCUGGGGUGGCCACCUUUGGGUGAAAUAACAAUGUUUUUUUUUUUUUGUAACUGUCCAUCAGUCUCUUAAAUACACUGGGAGGAAUUUUUGCCCACUAUUCUUCACAUUAUCGCUUCCCAAGUUUCAGGUUUCAGGGCUUUCUUGCAUGCACAACCUACUUCAAGUCCCUCCACAGCAUUUUGAUAGGAUUGAGAUCUGGGCUUUGACCCUUCAUUUCUACUUUGUGAGCUAUUCUUUUGUAGCUUUGCUUGUGUUUUUUGGAUCAUUGUCCUGUUGCAAGAUCUAUGUUAAAUUCAGCUUCAGCCUUUUGACCAAUUUCCUCACAUUCUCAUCAAUAAUCCUCUGGAUUAUGUUGACUUAAUGAUGGCAAGUUGGCCAGGCCCUGAGGCGGCCCCAAACCAUUAUGGUACCGCCAACAUGGUUUACAGUUGAUAUGAGGCGCUUCUGUUUAAUUACUGUUUCAUGUUCACCAAACGUUGCGUGGAGCAUUGCCAAAUAAAUCCACUGAUGACACAUCUGUCCAGAGCACAUUGUUCUGUGUAGUUUUGGUCUUCAACCAGGUGUUGUCUAGAAAAUGUCAGUUGUGUCUUUAUACUUUUUUAGAGCAAAAGCUACUUCCUUCCUGAACUUCCAUGUAGACCAAGUUUGUGCAGUCUCUUUCUUUGAGUCAUGCACUUUGUGGCAAGACAGGCCCUUGAUAUUACCAUAGGGUUCUUAGAGGCCUCUACAAGCUUUUGGUCAAACGAUUUGUCCUAUGUAGCUUGCCAGUAGUCUGGACUUUCCUCCAUUUGUAGAUGAUCCAUCGGACAGUGGAAUGAUGUACUUUGAAUUGCUUGUAAAUGUCUUUGUAACCCCUUCCAGACAAAUGGGCAUCAUGGAUCUUUCUUCUGAGGGCCCUGGUUAGGUAUUUGUUAAGACCAAAGCAGAACAUGUUUCUAAUCUUUAUGGAAGGCAGGACCCUCUGAAGUUACUCUCUCAUGAUUUUAAAAUCUUUUGCAUCUGUCUGGGUGCAACUGAUUCAAAUGUUUGACUUUUUAUGAGAUGUUAAAAAUAUGUUUACUUACUUUUUCCACAUUAGGAAAUUCUGCUAUUUUUUAUUGUAAUUGCAUGAAUGGUUUCAAAGUUCUUUGUUUAUGAAUGAUUUGGUAAAUUGGGUUAUCAUUAUCAAUGAAUGUGGUGGAAAAAUCAUGUGUAUAAAUAUGUAAACAAAAAAAAUAUGUAUGACAAUAUAAUGAGACUCAGUCCUUCACUACUAGAGGGAUUUAGGCAUAUAACACAACUCCUGUUGUGCUGCCCAACUUCUUUGGAGCUCAUCCUUAGUCAUACUAAUGACUUCAUAGUUUUCUGUUAAUGCUCAAUUAUGUCAUGAAUUCUGGCAACUUUUGUACUUGACAAGGACUCACUGGAUUUUCUAUAUAGUGAGAUGGGCCCUUUCGACACUGGUAUAAUUUUAUAAUUUGAAUGGACAAAUUUGCUUUGUAUUUGCUUUGCAAUUCUAAUUUCUAUCAUUAGGUGCAUGGACUGUAAUAGGCAAUAGUCCUCUUGAGUUGAGUGGAUCUAAUGUGUGUAACAGCUUUAAUUAUGUUCAAGGACCACAAGCAUGACAACUUUAAGGAAUCUAGAGAAAAUAUCACUUCAUAAUAGCUAAGUGAGGUCAUUUUCCACAGAUAAGCAUUAUGUUUUGGGGAAUUGAGUCUUACAGAAUAUUUUGAGUAAUGGUAAUGCAUGCAGUCUUGGCGACACAUACUAUUAAUAAUCAUCCAACAGCUUUGCAGAUCUUGGCAAUUCAACUUUUGAUCAAUUUUUUGUGAAUAACUUGUGUUAUGUUGGUGGCGUUUGCUUGUAUUAUGUCCUUACAAGGAAUGGCAAUGAUUGUAAACUGCAUGUGUUUAAUUGCCUUGUUGGCUCCUUGAUAUGUUUUAAAUAUUUCUCAUACAUGGGUGCUUUGGAAUGUGUGAAGCAGAAUAAAUGAAUUUGAUGUUUA